UACCCCAGUACGAUAGUAAGACGAGGAUAAAAAAAUUGUGUGAAUUUAAAAUUAUUUAAUUUCUUUCAUAUGUGUUCUUUUAUUUUCCCAAAGGGAUUAAUAUAAUUAUUAUUUAAAGUAAAAAUAACGUUAUAAUUCUAAUUUCAAGGUCAAAGUACAUCAUCAUGGCGGCUAGUGGUACCAGAUUCCCAACAAAGGUGUCAAAAUAAUUUCUCAUGAACACAUGUACAUUUUAGGGCCAUGAAAUUAAACUAUAUCUCUAAAUUCCCUAUUUCGGUCAUCAAAUAUGACUUAAAGUGCGAAAAAAUCCACUUUACAAGGUUAAUUUGAUAUGUGCAUUUGAGUGGAAUGGUAAUGUUUGUGUAUUUCCACCCAAGUUGUGGGGUGGAUCAACAAUGCAUCAGAAUUCGAAUAUUUUGAUGCUCACCUUUUCUCAUUACAAAUCCAUCGAAUGCGACACAAGGGUGUGUCUGCUUUAUCGAUGGAACCAUCUCAGUUUGCUGAACGACGAGGUCGACGAGAUGAGAAUGACCAGAGUCCAUUAUGGACUGCUAUCUUCGACUACGAAGCAGCAAGAGAAGAUGAGCUUACUCUUCGAAGAGGUACUCAAGUACAGGUUUUGUCUGUUGAUUCAGGAGAUGAUGGGUGGUGGAUGGGACAAGCAGAGGGUAAAGUUGGAAUUUUUCCAAGUAAUUUUGUUGCCAAAGAUUCUCAGUUGAAUGUAGACAAAUUACCACCUGACAUAAAAUCAAAAGACAGGCCAUUCGAGAUCAAUUUUGAAGAACUUGACUUAGAAGAGGUAAUUGGUGUUGGUGGCUUUGGUAAAGUUUAUAAGGGAAGAUGGCGACAAGAAACUGUGGCAAUUAAGGCAGCAAGGCAGGACCCUGAUGAACCAAUAAGUGUAACAAUAGAAAAUGUUAGGAAGGAAGCAAAACUAUUUUGGCUUCUUAGCCAUGUAAACAUUGCAGCUUUAAGAGGAGUAUGCUUAAAACCUCCAAAUUUAUGUCUUGUGAUGGAAUAUGCCGCUGGAGGCUCAUUAAAUCGAGUUCUGGGAGGAAAACAAAUCCCGCCUGAAAUUCUUGUGAACUGGGCUUUACAAAUUGCUCACGGCAUGCAUUAUCUUCAUGAGCUUGCUCCAUUAACUUUGGUACAUAGGGAUUUAAAAUCAAGCAACAUUUUACUUAAAGAAUCAGUUGAUAGUGGAGAUCUUGCUCAGAAAAAUCUAAAGAUCACAGAUUUUGGACUAGCACGAGAAGUCGAGCAAACCACAAGAAUGAGUGCAGCAGGAACAUAUGCAUGGAUGGCUCCUGAAGUUAUAAAGCUUUCCCGUUUUUCUAAAAAAAGUGAUGUUUGGAGUUAUGGAGUGGUGCUGUGGGAACUUUUAACUGGAGAAACACCUUACAAAGGAAUUGAUGCACUAGGUGUAGCUUAUGGUGUAGCAGUAAAUAAACUCACUCUUCCUAUACCUUCAACAUGUCCUCAUAUGUUUUCACAACUCAUGGCUGAUUGCUGGCAUCAGGAGCCUCAUGAACGACCAACAUUUCGGGAUAUACUGCAGCGCUUAGAAGAGAUUGCCACGUCUUCUUUCGUUACAACGCCUCAUGAGUCUUUUUCUAAUAUGCAAGAUGAUUGGCGCUUGGAGAUUGAACAAAUGUUUGAUGAGCUGCGCAGUAGAGAAAAGGAAUUAAGGUGUAGAGAGGAGGAGUUGACUAAAGCAGAACUUCAACAAAAAAUACAAGAAGAUGCACUCAAAAGAAGAGAACAAGAUCUUGCAGCCAGAGAAAUAGAACUAUUAGAACGAGAGUUGAAUAUACUUAUACUUCAACAAGUAAUGCACAAACCUACUCCAAAGAAACGGAAAAGUAGAAAAAGUAGAUUGAAGGCUUUGAAAUAUGGCGGGAAAAAAAUUAGUGAACCUUCUGAUUUUAGACAUAAUAUCACAGUUCAAAAGGAGGAAUUAUCUUUGUAUGAAAAACGUUCUUAUGGUGGUGCAACUAGUCCAGACAGUCCUCCAGCAACACCUACUCAUGCACCUCCACCACCACGUUUCAGGGCAAUAGCCUAUCCCCCCGGAGAUGGAAGGAAGGGUAAAACUUGGGGCCCGAGCUCUGUUCAGAAAGACAGACAUCAGAGGUCAUCAAUCAUUUUUGCAGAUGGGCGAUGGUCAAAGAGUGCUCCUAAUUUAGAAAAAUCUCUUCGACAACUUGGAGGUGGUAAUUCUAAUAUGGGAGCAGUUAAUCACUUAUAUGAUGAGGAGGAUUCAUUGCCUGGUGAUAUAGAUGAACCGUCUCCUAAAUCAAGAAGCAUUCCACACACCCCUGCUGCUACACCUACUAGCCCAUUUGUGAGAGGCAAAAGGACUGAUUGUUCAUUUUAUCACAUGUCCACCAUACUUGCUGCUGUAGCCAUGGGCUUUGAUAUUGGCAUAGCUAAUACCAGAGCAAUCCAUCCAAGUUUACAUAUGCCAAGUGGUGAGGAAGACAGAAGCCUGAAAAAACGAGACUCUUAUAUCAACAAUCGUAGGGAUGCAUAUCUUGCGGCUGUGAGGGAUGCAAUGAUUGACCCAGCAGGAGAUUAUCGCUCCUAUCAGAACACACCUGGAUACUGGCAUACAUAUCAUGGUGUACAGGCUAGGCAAAGGCCUGGUCUGAAUUUAGAGCUAGACUCUCCUGCAUUUAAUGAUGUUGAGUUUAACAACCAAGUUGUGGGUGCACCUUACCCCAAUUACAAUGCAUGGACAGCUUCACACCGCUCUUCUUUUGCUGAUAGUGAAGCAUCUGUGGCAACUGCUACGCCCACAACUGAGAGAACUGUGAUUUACAACCGCCAGCUUUCAUCAGAGUCUAACUUAGACUCUUCUAAACCUGCAGGUCAGGAGGCUGGUAACAAGCUCCAGCGGCGUUCUGUGACAUUUGAGGAUGAUUUUAUCCCAACAGACAACAUAAAACCUAACAAUAGUAGCAUGUUCAACUCACACAAAAGAACACCCUCAAAUACCUCAAAUUCAUCAGCAACAAUUGAUCAACAAGACAGCAGAUAUGCGGUCUCUACAGAAUUUUUUCUCGUACCUCAUUCAGACUAUAACUCAUUAGCAUUAACACCCCAACAGCAGCAGCCGAUUCCGCCUCGUCGAAAACCAGGAGCAGAACCAGCCCAGAGACCAACAACUCUAGAUGUAGGGGCAUCGACUAGACCUGUUCCAAUACAACUUAGGUAUCCUGCUGCUUCACCUGGAUUCUUGUACAGCAGGGACACAGGGCGAGGAAAAGGAGCUUCUGCAGAUGAGGCAGCCCAUUACUUCUCAAGUAGGUCACACCUUUCACCAGGAAACACACCACCACAUAUAGCACACCAAAAAACUUUGCUGGAUAUUGAUGUAGAAGGACAAAAUCAGGAUUCAACAAGACCACUGGUUCAUCAUAACACAGGGAAUAAAUACAAUGUGACUGACUUAGAAAAGGAGUUCCUAUGAUAACUUACAAUUAUGUAUGUAUUAAUUAAAAUCAUUUUUAACUGCUAAGUAUAACAAAAUGUACAUAUAAUUAAUGGCGAAAUGGAGUGUAAAGAAUGUCUAAAUUAUUUUUUUUUAAAUUAACUGUAAGUUUGGCAUGCAGAAAGUGAUGAUCAGGAUGCUAAGUUUACCAAAACCCAAGUGUGAUGAAAGAACCAUUUUAACUUUGUUCACCAUAUCCUUAUAUCAUAUCAAUGUUAUCAUUCUAUUUAGUUACUCUUUUCAUAUAGAUAUGUAAUUUUGUAUAUCGGUAUGUAUAUAAAAAUAUAGCAUUUUCAGUGUAAUUAAUAGUUAGGGUUUUCAACUAAUCGAUAAAUGCCAUGUACUUCAAAUCCUACUGUGUUUUUAAAAGGAAAACUGUCUGAGUUGAAGUCUUGUACAGUUUUGGUUGAACUUUCUAGUGAACUAUAUUUUUAGUGCCAAAGGACAAUGAAACACGAUUACUUUUUCUAGAAAGCUCAAGACAAAAAUACUUUUAAACUUCCAAUUGCAAUAGGUUUAGGCUUUUCUGUGUGUGAUGUGCUAAGAAUUUAUUUAUACUAGUUGACAAAUAGAUUUGUUUGUCUUGAAUCAAGUUUGUUUUUAUAUGUUAUGCUACAACAUCAGCUCAUAUUUUGUAGGCAUUUAAUGUUAAGGUUUCAAAUCUUUUACUCAUGACCAAAUAAAUUUUUUAUUUCACUUACAUGUUCAAACAUAUUUUGACCAAAUGAAAUAAAACUUUAAAAUAUGCUAGAAAAAUCCCAUUAAAUAUUUAAAUGUAACGUAACUCAGAUUAUAGUAGAACUCCUGAAAUUAUUUUCUGCAAAGAAAAAGUAUUUAAAUGAGUCAUUCAUUAUAUUCUUGGAUUUACUGUCAGAGAAAAAAAAGAUAAUUUAACUACUUUUUAAACCAGCCAGGGAUGGCUAGUAUGGUCACAAAUGUACAGGUUCUAUGUGUAUGCUACUGAUUUAAAUGGUCAUCAGAUUUAAAAAGUAUUUUCAUUUGAUCUGCAAACCUCAAGAAAAGAUAGUCAACUAAUUAAAAAAAUUAUAACUCAACAUUGAUCUAGUAAGAAUUUAAAAAAGGUCUGGUGUAAAAUAUGUUUUUAAUGUGUGGGAUAAAUAUUGAAGUACACUCUGUGUCAGCAGCUGUUACAAUUUGACAUCAGUUUUAUUAACAAAUCAUGCAGGAUAGGUGUUGAUGUUUGAGCUAGUAACUUAAUGAAAACAAAUUUGUGUAUAAAAACAAUUAUGCUUAUAUUGAAGCCAUAAGAUUUAAAAACUCUUUUCAUAAUAGAUCAUUGUGCCAAACAGUGAUAAAUUAUAAUCAGAUGGAGAUAAUUAAUCAACAUUAUUAUAUUAACUUGUACUAUAUUUCUAAUUCUUCCUGCCUCAAUAUUAUAUGCUUCAUGUUAUAAUUUUUAAUGUGUAUGUGAAAUAACUGGCACCUGAAAACUAUUUAUUGUAGAAACAAAAUACUUUUUUAGCAAAAUUUGUUAUUGUAUAAUGGUGGGAAUGGUGCGAUAUAAUUUCAAUAAUACUUAAAUCUUGUUUGUACUGAAUACUUGGAUGAGUACUGAAUACUUGGAUGAGAACAUUACCAGCAGUAAGUUCCGCAACAGUUUAUACAUAUCAUGUAACAACUAGUACCAUAGCAAUGGCUAUAUUGGGUUUAGGGCCAUUAUCCCAAUAGUUUACUGCCAGACAAUCCUAUACUCUAAAACUCAUUUGUCAUUUUGCAAUUUAUAAAAAUUGGGGGUGUCUGCAGUUUUGUUGACAUUCUAAGUCAAGCAAGAACCAAUGCGUAAACAGAUGAUUCUCUUUGGUUCCUCUCAUUUGCUUGGUAAAGGCGUGCCGUUUAAAAUUAAUGUCAUUCCCUUAUUAUUUAUUUUUCAACAAACCAAUGUUUAGGCAAUGUGUUUAGGUACUUAUUCAAGUAAAAUGUGAUAUAAUUUGGCUUUGGUCACCAUUUUGAAACGUGGAACAUUGAAAAAUAUUAAACAUCCAUUUUUAUUAAAAGAAUAAUUAGACUUAGCCUAGGAGUUCAAGUCUUCUGGCUGAUGAGAUGUUGGGCAGUAGUCCUUCAGGUGUGGCAGCUGUCUGGUACACACAUUACAAAUAACAAAUCUUAUCAUAGAUAUGAUGUAAAAGUAGAAGAAAAAAUUUUUUCAAUAAGGAAGGGAAAGUAAAAGCAUUAAAAUAUUAUCAUUUGAAUUUCAAAUUCUUGUCUUCAAAACAUUUCAAAAGAAACAAAGCUGUUUCUAUGGCUUCUAGUAACAUUUCUCAGAAAAUUCAUGUACUAUUAGAUAGUUAUCAAACAUGUUCUCAGUGUUAAUGUACUGUUAAUUUGACUCAUUGUUGGUUAACUUAGUCUCAUAACAAGAAAGGUCUGUUAUUCCUGUCUUUUUUUUUUAAAUGCUUUUAUAAGAAGCAAUACAAAGUAAAAAUUGUGAGGGUUUACCUUGGUAAAGUUAAUAGAUUUACUGCAUGGAAAUAAAUUUAUUCAUAGACUGUAAAUGUUAAUCCUGACACAUUAACAAACACAAUUUCCUUGUACAGUUAAGUACCAGUUUAGUGUAAUUUUCUACUUUAAUAUUUAUAUACAUCAAAAUGUUUAAAAAGACUUUAUGCAAUUUCUACUCUUGUUAAUUAAUUUUUUAUUAUUCUACAUGUAUUAAAAAAAUUUGAUGGGAAUAAAUGGAUAGUAAAUAAAAGUAAUUAGAAGCUAUAAAACAUUUUUUUAAAAUUACAGUUUUAAAAUAAUAGCUGGAAAACAAUUGAGUAAAAAUGUAAACUUUGUAUCAUUCACCUCCCAGGUUCUUUUUUUGUAUGUCUUGUUGCAUUAUUACUACAUAAAGCUAGUCAUGAUAAGGCCAUAAUUUGUUGAGUUGGUCAGAAUAUUUAUUUCAUGAAAUUAUCAACUAUUAUUACAAUAACAGCUUGAGAUUUCUUUGCCAUCAAAAUAAAAAAAAAAGUAAUUUAUAUGCAUUUAAUAUUGUUUUUUUUUUAUUAAAAUAUAAUUUAAGUAUAUUGUGUAUAUUGGCAGAUCUUGUUAAGUUUUAAAAUUGACAUUCAGUGUGUGUUUUUAACAUGCCUUAUAUACAUAGUAAAAGAAUAAAAUGUAUAUUUGUAUUCAUUUGAAAACAAAGCAAUGUUUACGAUCAAAAUUGUACAUAGUAAUGAUAUCAAGUUAUACAAACGUCAAUAAAAUCUUAACUGGUUUUAAUUAAAACUCAACUUGGAUUAUCCUGGUUAACUAAAAUAUAGAAGCACUAAUUCAAUUUAAUUCAACCAUCUAAGACUGAAGUGCAAAGAUAAAGAUCAUGAUGAUGCAGCUCUAACUAUUGUUGUAAUGAAAUACUUGUUCUAUUACAUAAAUAAUAUAUUAUGUAACUAUUUUAUAAUAUUUUUGCAUAUACUUGUAAAAAUGGUAAUUUGUAAAUUCCAAAUUACUGUCUUCCCAUAAAAUAUGUGAUAGAGCCAACAAAAACUAUGCAUAUCUCAAAGCAAGUGCUCUUGUAUUCAACACCCAAUGUUUAAUUUUUGUGUGUAAAUAUACUGCUGUAUUUUUUUAAAUUCUUGUGUCCAGGAUGCCUUAACCUUGUUAGCAUUCAAUAUUUU